UUAGAAACUCUGCUGUGGUGCUACCAAAACAACUCCUGUGUCUGCUCUUCAAGUUGAGUGUUUUUAAUGUAAAAUAUCACAAUGGAAUCCGAUCUCAUGGCCAACAUGGAGAAAGAUGUUUGCAGUUCACAGCCAGACUGUGAAGAAGUUUCAGUAAAAGAACAGGAAGGUUUGUCAUCCAUGGAUCAGCGGUUGGGAAAUAGGUCAAGUUCAAGUGAGGAUGUCGCAUUACAGAGAGAUGGCUGCUCAUAUUACACCACAUGGACAGUUAACAUUGCUCUUGCUGUUCCAAGAGAGGAAGAAGCUGCAGUUCCUACAAAGACCAAGAAAACAGAAAGAAAAUGCUCAUCUGCCGUUUCAGUGAAAGCCCACAAAGCUCAGAGCUGCUAUCAUAUUGAAUACAAGCUGUUGCCAGGGGACACAGAGACCACCAAAUUGGACCUAGUAGUGUUUGGCCCAGGAGCAAAACUGUACAAAGAUGAUGAGUCCAAGAUUCUGAUAACCUGGUAUGAAGGAGAUCAGAUAUGGGUCAGUUGGAGCCACAGUUUCAACAUCAGAGUCAACAGGGACGCGUUGAUCAGUCUUCUUCCUUAUAAGAUCCCUGUGAAGAUAUGGAACGCUAUGUACAGACUGUCCAGCUUUCAGGCCCGCUCUGAGAGUCAGAAAUUAUUUAGAUUUCCAAAGGGUUGGCCUGAGGAUGCAUCAGACACAUGUGAUGACAUCAAGACCAUGGUAUCCCAGCUGACACCUAAAAAAAAAAUUGGCGAUAUAUGGUUGGAUUCAAAUUUGGAUGUGGGCUUGGAAAAAGAAAAGAAGUCGGCUCUACAAGCCACACCAAGUUUUCAAAAACACAAUACUGAUGCUUGUGACCUUGGGGAGAUGGGAAACAGCGGCGCAACAUCAGUUGAAGUCAGUCCCCUUCGGUUUCUGGCAGGUGAGACCUCAGUGACUGAACGCUUCCAAGUUUGCUCAUCUGGUUUAUGUGAGGUCAUGUGCAGCAUCUCCCUGGACGGACCUCUAUUAUCCAACCAACUUAAAGCUGAACUCAAUCCAAUGGUCAUCACCAUUUUGUCAGCCACCUCAAUGCCUUCAUCCCCAGUCCCUCUCCAUGUCCUACAGGAAAAGUGCAUGCCUGUCUAUUGCCAGUAUAAGUUCCAUAACUUGAGCAUGCACAGAACAAACUAUCACAAGCAUGAGACUAACAUCUACUUCAGAGAUGUGAAUGUGAUCCUGACUGGCUUGAUGAAUCCACAAGAGCUCCAAGACUUCUUUGCCACUCCGUCUCUGCAGAUAGAGGUUCAUGAUCGUGACAGGAAGGUGGAGGAAAGACCAAAACCAGUAACGUGUGACACAGAGUCAGACGAUGACAUGCACAGCAAUGCAUCACUGUUUGAUCAUAAUUUUCACACCUAUGGCAUCGCAAACCUAAACCUGUCUGAGUUGCUGCUUGGGAAGAAAAGUCUAAAGGUGGACUUACCAAUCAAAUGUGGCCCUCUGCCUCCAAAGCUGGACAGAAAGAGAAGUAGAAGGAACAGCAAGAUGACAGAUACAGCUGCCAGCAGAGAUCCCAUGCCACAGGCUGAUUACUAUGAUGUUAAUUCUCAACUCAAGGUCAAAGUUGAGAUGGCUUGCCCACUGACGACGGAUGAUGGCAUGGAGUUCUACAGUGGUCCAUUUAGCCGUAUUGUAUACCUCUUUGAUUACAACAACUUCUCAGUUAUUAUUAAGCUGAGAUCAGAGAUCCUCAGAAUCAAUGCAUCGGCCUUCCAUCUGGACUCACUCUCAUUGGAAAGUAGAGGGAGAGCUCUAUCAAAUAAGGAAGGCCCAAUGAAUUUAAAGCAUGAUGAGAGCACAGAUCUGGAUUUUGUUACAGGAUUUCAUGUGCAAGAUAAGAGGAAACACAUCUUAGUUCUUGAAGGGCUGAAACAUAAAGCAGUGAGGAGACUUUGGGAGGCUGUUCCUAUGAAGUUAAGUGGGACUGAAGCGGAGCAGGUGAUCGUCCUCUAUAAUUCAAACCUGUGUUUCUUCAAGCGCAUCUAUGACUCAUUAGAUGUGAGUUUAAGUCCCAUCCAGCUACGUGAGUCACUGCAGAGCAUCAUGAUACAGCCUCUGAUCUACAUUAGGGGAAAGUUACCCCAACCCUGCUUCCAGGCUUUGUCAAGGUUAAGCCAGCUGUGUCAAGUAAGGCACCUCAAAGAUGCGGUACAGUACGACCUCUUCCCCUCAGCUGACAUGAUUGUCAGCAUGAGCAGGGAAUAUGGCACAUCUGCUGAGCAGUGGGAGCAACAAGCCAGUGCAUACACUAUGAUGGACUUGCCCACUCACCCUGUCAGGAUGAAAACACAUGCGGCUCUCGACGCAUGCAACAGAGAAUAUAUCAGAUGGAAACACAACAGGCAACAGACGCCAGCCGAGCCCUCCAGGGACUUUAUCCAGGAAAAUAUUCAAAGUGUGCAAGACCAAAGUGAGCAGUUGCAGAAGCCACAGGCUGCUGCAUUAACGUUGGAUCUGGCUGCAACCAUGCCAGUACACAACUACAGCAUCCAGACCUUCAAUUCAAAUGUGCAAGCCAGGGAGCUGCUCCUCAGAGAGCUGGCUAAGGUGCCGGGCCGAAGGUUUACCUACAGUCUGGGGUAUCACAGUGCUACAGUGGAAACUGGAGACACGACUCCUAAAAAUGACUCUGGCUCUGCUGCUGCCUCUACGGCCUGGUUGACAAAUCUGAGCGGGGACAGGUCCAGGGUGCACCCCAGACAUCCAGAUGAGGCUCGUGUGGAAGAGCUGAGGAAGCCGUGGAUAGAGAACAUCCUUCAUGCCAACACACUGAAGCCGAUACUUUCACGGGACAGAUGGGUGUGGAGCCAGCGCCAUGAGGACUUUCAGCUCUACAGCAAACCUCCAGCAGUGGUGCCUCUAGAAAUCUUUCACAGGGGUGGCAAGAUGGGGCCACUGAAGAUUUUGGGACAGCAAAAGCCUUAACUGAAUUUCAGGAAUUCUAUUACGCUGUUGUAAUAUAUAGGCUAAUUGGAAACUAUGGCAAAGAGUUAAGGAAUCACCUACUGAUAUACUGUAUUGGUUUCUUAUGAUACAUUAAACUAAUCUGAUGUGA